GAUCAGCAAUGUCCAAAAUCUAAACUAUUUUCUAUUAAAAAAAAUUGUAUUAAUUUUUUUUUUACGUUUAUAAUUGGACGCAGCAAUUAAACCGGAAUUGUGAUAGCUGUGCAACUUAUGUCAAUUUAUGUGAUGUUAUCAUAGGUUUGAUCUGAAUAUGAAGGACCGAAGUUUCUUUGAUGCCAGAUCAAUUCUAAUUUGAAACCCCAUCGAGGUCAGUCUCGUUAUUAGCCGGUCUAAAUCUUCGUUAAAAACUUGUAUUUUUUUUAAGUGCUUUAAAUGUAAAUUAUUGACGAAUUGUCAUACGAUCAAUGCUGAUUCCCUUAUGAUAAGUUCCAGUCGCUAUUUACUAAACCACAGUGCGGUUCCGGCCGGGCAAGUUAUUGGUUUCAAAUGACCCAAUUGCAACAUUCGACAUUCCGCUGACGGACAAUAGAUUCGCAAUAAUGAAACGAGAAUCGUUGACAAAAGUGAAAGUUUAUAAAUUCAUAGAUGUGUUAUUGUCGAUCAUACCGUACUUGCAUGAAAUAUAAAUAGUUUAUUAAUCCAACAUUUAUAUUUCAUUACAUUGAUACAAAUUUUGUAAUUCAAUACUUGUUGUUUUCUUUAUGUUAGUAAAAUUGCUGCUGCUGCACCUUCGAUUACUUGUUCAAGAGUAUUACACCUUGUAAACAAAUUAUCAAAUUACGCUGAAUAAUGUUAACAAUCUACUUCAAACACGGUAAUUACAAAUUCGCCGGUAUGUUGUACUUUUGUUCAAUAUUUUAUGUAUUUAUUAUAUUUCACAAAGUCCGCCCACCUUUGAUCGUCCUUUAUUUCUAUGACCAUUCUCAUUUUUAUUUAACACAUUCUUUAAAACAUGGCUUCCGGUCUUCUUUAUUACAUAUCAAGAUGAUCGGUUACUUCCCAACUUUUAUUACUGCAUGACUUUCGGACUUCCUUGUGUAUGUAGAUUCGUUUUCUAUCUAUCAUAUUUAUGAUAUAUUGACAUAAUUAAAUGCCGCAACUGCAUGCACUUUGCGUGUCAUUAUUUGAAAAAUUUAUAGAAUUGAUAAAAAAAUAGUACUAUGGAUGGUAUAUCCGAAAGGGUUUAACGCAAGAGUUCCUUUAUUUACUUUUUUCAAUAAAUAAUUGCGAUAUUUUUAGUUCCUUUAUAAAUUGAAGUUUUGACGCGUCGAUCUCUGCCUGCUAUUUUGUCAUUCUUUGUUUCCACAAACCUCCAUCCAUCAACGUUCGCAUUGCAACGCGUAUUCUUGUCUGUCUACCUUGUAAAUCUGAUUAGAUAAAUCGCAUAUCAGUGAUGAUUAGUGGAUUCGAAAGCAGACUGUUGUAUAGUGCACUAUGGAGCAACGUGCACUAGUUUAAACAGACGACGGUACAGUUAAUUACCUAGUGUUAGUUAUAUUACGUAAGCAUUACAAAUAUUAACAUCAUGCUAAUACACUGCGAAGUUUUUCCAAUAUUUCAUCAUCUGUCUGCCCUUAUUCUAAUUAUUUUGGGAUCAGUGUAAUAUGAUUUUAUUCAUACUUGUAUUAAAUAAGGAUUUGACUUUAGGUUUUACGACCGACCGCCUGUUUAACGUGAACUAUUCAUCCUCACCUAUCAUUUCUCUCUAUAUCUCCAGUUUAUACCGACAGCGCAAGUGGAGUUACCAUUAUAUUUUCACUCUAUUAAAGUCUGACGUCAACCCUCCUUGGGAAUGCAUUUGUUGGUGGUAUCCAUUGAAGUAUUUAUGAAAUCAAAUCGUUUUAAUUUUACUUAUGUUCUUUUUCAAUUUAACUUUGGGUCUGAUUGCAAUAUUUUGGAUUACCUAUUCUAGGUAUUUUAAUUUUUGAUCAAUUUUCAAAAUAUAGGAUCUUAGUUAAACUGAACUUUUUUGUGACUAUGUUACGCUGUUACGUCCGCAAUCCUGGCUUCUUUAUGUAAUCAAUAUGGUUCACUCCCAUGUUGCUUCCAUGCGAGUAUGCUAGUAGUUGCCACGCUUAGCAGGCAUAUUGGUAACUGCAGUUAUUUGAUGAUGUUUUAAGAGGAAUGCUACUGCCCAGCCCUCGACCGACAAUCGUGACAGAUAUGUAUGUAUGUAUUGUAAUAUAAUGUUUGCAUUAUAUUACAAUAUUGUGUCAUAACCGAAAUUUUCUUACAAUAACAUUAAUCUUUAAAUCACAAUAAAAUUAAUAGUAAUCACAUGUUUUAAUUAUUAUUUUGCAAUAGCUCCUAUUACAGAUGGGCAAAGCACCGGGUUUAAACCCGGUGCUUUGGUAAAAACCCAAUAAACACCCAUAAACUCCCAUAAUCACCCAAAAAAAUAGGUUUUUACGUAUUUUUUUGAAAAUAUGUAAGUAAUACCAAUAAAUUAUUUUUAUAAAUUGUAUUGAUCAAUUCUACAAUAUUAAAUAAAACGUUAACUAAUAAUAUUUCAGGAAAUUUUAAAAAUCUAUAUAUAAUAAAAUGAAAGUAAUUAAUUUUCAGUGUUUUCAUGUUGCAGUUGAUCAACAUGUUGGCCUUUUGCUUCCCGUAGAUACUUUAAAAUUUCUUCAUAACACCUCGUUCGCACACAUGGCCGUAUAUAUUUAAAUUCUUGAGCCACUAACAGUCCGAAAUACUCAUUUCUUUUAUCCUCUUCUCCAUAAAUUAAGCAUUUAGAACAGUUUGUUUCUUCUUUCAGUAAAUUUUCUUUUACUUUAUCCUCGUUUUUUUCUUUGUUGCGACGACGCUGGGUAAAUCAUCUGGACACUGGGUCUCACUAUCGCCAAAUAUAUUUGGAGAUCGGCUUCGGCUACGGCUUGGCAGACAUUUUUUUCUUUCUACAAUUUUAAAUUAAAUUUAUUAGAAUAAAUGCUUCGAACACACGCGAUCUAAGUACCUUUUGUGUUUAUUAUACCUUACCUACCUAGGUAUAAAAAGAGUACUUACGUAGAUUUUCUUUUAUUAACUGUUUUAUACGAAGAUCUUGAUCUCUCAAAUUAGCAUCCAUUUUACUUCCAGUGAUUAUCAACUAAAUUAAUAAUCCACAAAGUAUUAAAUAACGUUUUUAUGAAAUAUUUAGCACAAAAACAAUACCCUUUAAAUAUCGAUCGUCAGUAACUGUGGCUGACUUACCUAUAUUCUAGCAAGCAGGACUGCCAGAUGUGAAGGGGAAAUCCCCAAUAAAUUGUUGCAUGUGACUGAUGAUGUGAGCAUGUUCGUUUCAUAAUAAAAAUGUUGCCAGGUAACCAAAAAGUCGUAUGUUUUUGUGCGAAUUACGAUCAUAAUCUUUACGAUCGUACAUUAAAAAAUAGACAAAUAAUAGUAUGAGUACGAUUUAAAUCGUAUAUCUGUCAACCCUGCUAGCAAGACAGCGACAAAAUCACGUUGCAUAACAAUGUAGCCCAAGCUUAUAUCUUAUGAAAUAUACGGAAGAGAUACGGACUUAGAAAAAACAGAAAUGUUGUUCUUUGUGGAAGUCAUUGAUGAAAUUCUAUGUAUUUUAGCCCGCAAACUUUCUUCAAACAAAAACAGCGCCAUCUAGUAUCGAGUUCUGUAAUUAUCUCUUUGUUUAUGGAUUUGAAGUAAGACCGCCACGCAUGCAAUACAUUAUGACUGGGGAUUCCCCUAUUCGUCGACGCUGAAUAUGAGGCGACGACAAUCACUGUCAAACGUGUUCACUAUUACUCUGACUCUGGUAACGUGACUUCCUGGUAACGUGUUAGGUAGGAAAAGCAGUAAAAAAGUGCAUAUUAAGGGAGCAGAUUUGAAAUAAUAUUUAUACUUAACAAGAAAUAAUUAAAGGUAAGUGGAUUUUUGAAUGAUACAAUUAUAUCAUGAUCACUUAACAAUUUUAACUUAAAAUUAGAUGUAUUAUUACAAGCUUUUAUUUAGCUUGCGUUAUGUAAAUAAAAGUAUGUAGGUAUGUUCGUAUGUUGAUGCAAUUAUCCUCAAUCCUCAACCGACUGGGAUAAAAUUUUCCAUACACGUUUAUUUUGGAUGAUAGUGCAUAGUUAGCUGAGAGUCGUCAUUGGAUAAUAAUGGUGGAUAGCCUAAGAUGUGUACUAGAUAUUUAUUUUUAACAUAAUAUGCGUAAGUACCUAAUCGAAUUAAAGAAGUUGCUGAGAAAAAUACAGAACAAUACGAUAAUAAACUAGCGUCUGCGUUUAAUCCUCCGAGGAGAUGUAAUUUUACAAAGGUUUUUUGUAUUUAUUUUAUUAUUUUUUUAAUAAAUUUAUUGUAAAUAACAAGAAAUAAUCAUUGUAAAAAAAUAGGCACUCUAUUGUUGAAUUUUCGUCAGACCAACUAAUCAUCGUUCAUUUUUUUAGGUUCAAUGGGGAGACCUAAAGAUUUACGCAUAUGGGAGCACUACCGUACUUUACCAAACAAGUCUGUUUCUUGCAAGCUUUGUAAUAAGGUCUACAAAUUCAGUAAUGCUGCCAAAAUGCUUCAACAUCUUAUCACUUGUCCAAAAUCUCCAGAAACAUUAAAAGACUCUAUGAAACUUAUAAAAGAUAGCUCGUCCAAAACCAAAAUGUCUGGACUGUCAGAGAUAGAGACAAAUGAUUCUUUUAUAAGCCCCUCGUCGUCUGCUAACACUACAAUAAAUGCUGAGUUUCAAGACACCGAUGAUCAUAUAAAAACAGAAUUAGCGAGAGCUAUAUUUGUAACAGGGACGCCAUUAUCGAUGGUGCAACAUCCUUUAUGGAUACAAUUUUUCGAAAAAUUGCAACCAAAAUUUAAAAUACCUUCACGUAAAGCUUUAGCGACAAAAUACUUAGAUAAAAUAUAUAGAGAAAUGCGUUUUGAGUUAAAUGAGGAACUAAAUGCUUGUAGUUACUUACACCUUCAGUGCGAUGGCUGGUCUAAUUUAAGAAAUGAAGGAAUAAUAAACUUUCUUAUAUCAAAACCUCAACCUGCAUACGUUAAAAGUUUGAAUACAGAAAGUAAUCCUCACACUAGUGAAUACCUUAGCCAAGAAGUUGAAAAAGUAAUGAAAGUGUAUGGAGCAAAUAAGUUUCUUGUACUUAUUAUUCUGCAUAUCAAUGAUAUGUUACAGAUAAGUAAUAUUCAUUGCUAUGCAGACGACAGUACAGGAGAUACAUUAUAUACCGGUCAUGCAAAGAUCUCGCGGGCACAUACCGAUGAGUGCCGGAAUAGACUUGUGUCUGAAAUCGAAACUUCACUCCAUCAAGUUUCGAUCUGGGGUGAACAAAAUCUUGUCCAAUUUAACCCCAAAAAGACACAAGUCUGCGCGUUUACCGCAAAAAAGACGCCGUUUGUCGUAUCUCCUCACUUUCAGGGCACUUCCCUUGAUAAAGUCGAGUCUAGGAAUUCUGGGCGUUGAUAUAUCUUGCGACGUCCAGUUUUGCGGUCAUCUGGAGGAGAAGGCUAAGAUAGCUUCCAAAAAGUUAGGAGUACUCAAUAGGGUGAGACGAUAUUUCAUGCCAGAACACCGCCUGAAAUUAUAUAAAGCCCAAGUCAGGCCGCAUAUGGAAUACUGUUCUCACCUGUGGGCAGGAGCGCCACAGUACCAACUCCUUCCGUUAGACCGCAUUCAAAGUCGGGCGGCUCGAAUUAUCGAUAGUCAACGCCUUACUGUCCGACUCGACCCACUGAAACUGCGCAGAGAUGUUGCAUCUCUGUGCAUCUUCUACCGAAUUUAUCAUGGGGAGUGUUCUGAGGAAUUGUUCGGAUUGAUACCUGCUGCUGAUUUUCACCACCGUACAACCCGCCACAAACUAAAGUUUCAUCCCAAUCAUCUGGACGAGUGGCGGUCUUCCACCGUGCGUUUUUCAAGGCACUUUCUUCCACGCACAACCAUUCUUUGGAAUCAACUUCCAGCAGCAGUAUUUCCGAACCGAUACGACAACAUAACCUUCAAGAAAAGAGUAUAUUCCUUUUUAAAAGGCCGGCAGCACACCUGCAAUGCCGCUGGUGUUGUGGGUGAUCAUGGGCGGCGGUAGUCACUUACCAUCAGGUGAGCCGCAUGCUCGUUUGCCCCGUGUUGUAAAAAAAAAAAAAAAAAAAUUAUUGGCGAUAACGCUAGAAAUAUACAAAAGGCAUUCGAAUUAACAAAACUCAAAUAUCCACAUGUUGUUCCUCUCGGUUGCUGUGCACAUAUCCUUAACUUGUUGUGCCAAGAUAUUGUAAAGAUACAAGAAGUAACUGUGUUUAUUAUGCAAGCCAUAAAUAUAAUAAAAACUGUUAAAAGGAGUCAACGAUUAAGUUCCUUGUUGAUAAAAUCAAGGCAGGGUGAAGAUUCUACACAAACACUAAAAUUGCUUUGUGCUACAAGAUGGGGAAGUCAUGUUACUUCGUUAAAAAGUUUGAAAGCAAAUAAGAUAGCUUUGCAAAUAUUAACAGUUAGAGAAGAUGUGGUAAUUUCAAGAGAUAUUAAAGAUUUAAUUCUAAGUGAUGAUUUCUGGACGAAGACAGGGGAAUGUAUAAGUAUUUUGGAACCAGUCACUGAAAGCAUAUUUUACUUAGAGAGCGACCAGAAUCGUUUGCAUCGCACAUACAUUACAUUUAGAGAUGUACAAGCUAAGAUACGUUUUACAUUAAAUGAGAUUUCGACAUUGAGCGAAGAAAGCAAACAGCAGAUUCUAACAUCAGUAUCUUCAAGAUGCAAUAUGGCAAUGAGGCCAAUACAUUUUGCAGCAUAUAUUCUAGACCCCAGGACUCUAGGAGUCGAACUUACUCAAGAGGAAGAACUUAAGGGUAUGGAGUUUAUCUACAAUUUAAGCCAACACUUAAGUUUGUCAAAUGUAAUGGCAGAUUUGGCGUGUUAUAAAGCUAAAGAAAACUUUUGGGCCAGAGGAUUUGUAUGGAGCUCAUUAGAUAGCAUUGAGCCCCUAAUAUGGUGGAAAGGUAUUUGUGGUUCCACUGAGUUAAGCAAAGUAGCGAUUCGUAUUCUAUCAGCUCCCUGUACUUCGGCAGCCACUGAGCGUUCCUUUAGUAUCCAAGGCUACAUACAUAAUAACAAAAGAAAUCGACUUACAACUGAAAGAACUGAAAAAAAUUUCAUUCAUUUGUUAUAACUGGAAUCUUAAACAUAAAGCUGAAUGCGAGGACAUUCAGUUUAAUGAAGAAAAUACCUUAGAAGCUUUCAUUGAGCAAGUAAAUGAACAUAACAGUUUAGACGAAAUAGAGCCUAUCGAACCUAUACAAUUCAUCGCUUGUAAUAACUCUGAAUCUGACAGUGAUUGACUGUAGUUUUACAUUUUACUUUCAUCUCUUUCUUAAUAAACUCAAAAUCAAAUUAAAAGUUUUUUAUUCUGUAGGCUGCAUAAUAAUAUUGUCUAUGUCCAGUAUAGUGGACGUCUUGCGGCUGAGAUGACGAUGAUCAAGUACAAAAUCAUAAACACCCAAAAAUUUGGGUGUUUAUGGGGUUUAAACCCAAUAAACCCAAAACACCCGGUUUUUACCCACCAGACUUUAAACCCACCCAGGUGGAUUGCCCAUCUCUAGCUCCUAUACUUUAUUAAUUUAAUUAUUGGUUUCGUAUAAAAAGAUAACCUCUUUUCAUACGAUAAUAUGAUUUCAAUGUCAUUGGAUUUUUCUCAUUUUAAUAGGACGGUAAUGAAUUAUUCUAAUUGACAAUUAUUCAGACACGAUGUUACAUAAUGUCAUUGAUUUGUAUAUCAAAAUCACGUAUCUAAAACAAUAGUUACUCACUUGACAUUGAUAAACAUAAUUUCAUCAGUCGUGAACUUCGUUUCUUUAUUCCACUUAUAUCAUGCCGCGGAAUACUCUUCUGUUUCAGAGCAAAAUUGAUCCUACAAAUCACACACACACGGUAUCCCAGUAUAUUGGUGUUACACGAAAAAAGUACAGUCCUUAUCUCUCCUCUUUGAUGUCGGUUAAAAUGAAAACAACGCAAAACACAAAGUAUUCAGUCUGUUAUCUCGCAUCACGCUUUCACCCCAUGAGUAUCGUGUGGAUACGACACGAAUGGCGGAGCAUCAGCUGUUCGAGUUAUCUGCUUGCGAUUAAUUGCAAUAUCGCCUUUCAAAACGGUUGGUUUCUCAUUUUUUUUUUUUCACUUCUACAAUCGAAUGCUUUAAAUGUGUUCAUUCAACCGUUUGGAACGUUAACAGGUGACAUAUAUAUCACAAUCCGAAUUUUGUAUCGAACAAAAGUAUUUCUGACUGUCAGAUGCUAUGUCACAGCUGCAUGUAAUUUUUGGUCCUAAAUUAGACUCAAUAGCGCCUAAUUGAUUUCGGCUAAACUUCAAUUCGAUGUUCUAACAUAAAAGUUUCUUUAAUGGACAUGAAACGUUGGUAUAUAUUCAGGUAAUAUAUUGCUCCUAAAAAAAAAAAACUGCUUGUUCAAUCAUGACCAAAUUAAAGUGAAACCAACACAGGAGUUCUUACUGAUUGUAGUAUGUAUUAAAUAGAAUUAGAAAAGAUACUGUGUAUUGUGUAUCAUGCAAAAAAAUCCAGCGAAAUCAGAAAUUACCAUUUUAAAUAUAUUUCCAAAACAGCAUUACCGAUGGUACUUUUUAAAAGGGUUUAUUGCAACGAUAUUAAAUAAAAAUCUAUUUUUUUUUAAUUAAAGCAGUGUUAUAAUUGACACGCUUUAAUUUCAUAUUAAUUGCUGUCUAUUUUCUAUACUGCAGUCAAAAAUAUUUUUCAGCACUUAGGUUGUUUAACUGUCGUACAUAUUCGAGUACACCUUGAAAAUAUUAUUGAUAAAGAAGCCGGAAUUUAAAAUUAUCAAAAUGGAAUAAUUUGAUUUAAACCUAUUGACAUUGUGGAAAUCUUUGUGAAAGGCCUAUGUUUAUCAGUGGAACUUAAAUUAAAUUAUUAUUAAUUUGUGAAGGUGAUAUUGAAUCAGUGAGUGCUUAUUUAUUAUACGAGUAAUUAUUGCAAAUUAAGUUUUAAAUUUUCUAAAAACUAAUAUAUGCAAUUCAACGUAUCGUAUUGUACAGUACUUUGUUAUAUAUUUAUAAAUUAUUGUUAUAUUGACAAAGAUAUAUAGUUCAUGCGCAUGCACUAUAUUAAUAACAACAACCAUAAACAUUGUUCGAUUGUAGGCAAUAAACUUGAUACUUACGCGUGUGUCAGCAACGUCCCCGUUUGACGAUGACGCUUUUAUAGAUCUUUGUACUGUUAUGUAAUGUAAUGUAGUAUUAUUUAUAAAACUAUUUAUAGUUUCAUAAAUAAGUUUUAUUUCUAAAAUAUGCAGUUUUUCAUUUCGACUUUAUUUUAAUUUUUUUUUUUUUUUUGCCAUUUUUUGCAUUCAUUAGGUAUUGAUGAAUUAGUUACACCGACAAGAGGAAAUGAUGAGGAGAAGAGGUAUUGAUGAUGUAUACCGUCUUUUUUUUAACAAAAAUGUUUGGUUGCCCAGUUAACUUAGGUAUUGUACACGAUUCCGCGUUCUGAAUUUAAAUACUUUUAAUACAAUGUCUUUGAGAAACAUACUGUUGCUUAUUUAAUUUAUGUGUCUAAGUAUACUUUAUAGUCAUCGCUUUAUACAGAACAGAAUGUACUAUUGUUUACACAAUUUUUCGUUGUUCAUUGAUGUUUUGUAGCGGCUGAAGACGCUGUUUUUUGCGGAGCACUAUGUACUCCUUAUAUGCAAGAUAGACUUUUCUCUAGACUAAUCACAAGUACACGCCUGGCAAACAGUGUAAUGCAAGCGGGCCAACGAAACUGAGUCAAGGUACGUAACCAACUGCGCCACAAACAGUUCCGGUAAGGACUUAGCACCCAACAUAUCAAUGGAUUCCUAUUAACUUGAUAUCGUAAAAAUAGUCAUAACAACACCGCUGUUGCUACAUUGGCUUAUCACGUACCGACUCGAUAACAAUUUAUCGACGUUCCGGUAAAGAUGAUGUGACGAGCUUUAUCUCGGAUAUAUCGAAUAAUUCAGUCGUCGAUAUAAGAUACUAUUUCAUUGAAGCAACGUGACUCAUGGUCAAUUAUGUUUAAUCGAACUGCGCCACUCCUUGUCUCGUAUCGAGCUUUUGAUUAUACUUUCGUCCAAACGUUGGAUUGCCAAAUAAGAAAUUAUUCCGUAUGUAUAUAUGUAUUGAAAUAUUUCAAUAUAAUUACUUUCUACGGUGUAUAAGAGACGGGAAUGAACGCGAUCAUUUAACAAUGAAAAAUAUUUGGUAAUAUAUAAGCUAAUUGUUUUGUUUAUUAAAAUAUUAACAAUUAAAAUAUUUUGAUAUUAUAAUUGAUAGAAAAUAAUGUAUAUAAAUACUUGAGUUAAACCUAUAUACAACGUAGAAAAACAAAACAAAAAAUUGGGAGGUUUGGCGCCUAUAUUUAUCUUAUCUUUCCUGCAAAACUAGUUCAUCGUUGUAAUCGCCUAGCGAUAUUUCGGGUGAACCACUUGUUUGUCUUA